GCUAGGCUAAUGGGACUUAUGUAAACUGGGGAAUCGUGGCCUCGGGACUAAGAGUAAGACCUGUUUUAACUGAAAAACUUAUGGUCGGUCAAAAUAUAAAUGCCACUCUUGGGAGCUUUGCUGGAGUGAAUUCAGUUGGUACUCCCCCGGCAAACCCCGAAAGAACGCUCUAUCCACGAGCACAGCUGCGGCUCUUUCCUUUCUGUUCUGGACGUGUCUAGGGUUUAUCAGCUCAUUUAAUUUAACACCAAUUGCUCAAGUCGAAGGAGGACGAAAAAGAUUCAGAAUUCCUUCCAGCUUCCUCUGGUUUUCUCCAUUUUUGGUAUGCACUUACUUCUGUUCUUCUUAAAAUUGGAGGGGUUCAAAGAAAUUUAUCCACAGACAGAAUGGUUAGUAAAUUGUCCACUAGAUUAUUAAACAUAUGCAUAGCAUCAUAUUGCAAAGUGAGGCAGUUAGAUAGAGCAGAAUCUAUCAUUUGUGAUGCUAUAAGAUUAGGAGUGCUUCCUAAUACAGUUACUUAUAAUACACUUAUUGAUGGCUACUCUCGCCUUGUUAGUUUUGAAGCUGCUUAUUCUCUUCUCCAUAGAAUGAGCGAAGCCAGUAUAAACCCAACUGUUAUUACCUACAAUUCUCUUAUUGCUGGUGCAACUAGAAAUUGCUUAGUGUUGAAAUCCCUUGAGUUGUUUGACGAAAUGCUUCAAAGGGGAAUAGCUCCUGAUAUUUGGAGUUUUAAUACUUUGAUGCAUUGCUUUUUUAAGGUAGGAAAACCAGAGGAAGCAUAUCAGGUUUUCAGGGAUAUUAUUCACCAUGAUUUAUCCCCAUGUCCAGCUACUUUUAAUAUUAUGAUUAAUGGUCUUUGCAAGAAUGGUUAUAUGAGUAAUGCACUUAUGCUUUUUAGGAGUUUACAGCGUCAUGGCUUUGUUCCUCAAUUAAUCACUUAUAAUAUUCUUAUUAAUGAGUUGUGUAAAGCGGGGAGAUUGAAAGCUGCAAGUAGAAUGCUCAAAGAGCUGGCAGCAUCUGGUUAUGUGCCAAACUGCAUAACUUAUACCACAAUUAUGAAAUGCUGUUUUAGAUCCAGGCGGUUUGAACAAGGGCUUGAGAUAUGGCAAGAGAUGUGCGAUAAGGGUUAUACUUUUGAUGGUUUUGCAUAUUGCACCAUUGCUGGUGCUUUAAUCAAGUGUGGUAGGAUUAAUGAGGCUACUUGUUAUAUGGAUCAGAUGAGGAGAAAUGGUAUUGAGCAUGAUUUAGCAUCUUAUAAUACACUAAUACAUAUGUAUUGUAAAGAAGGUAAAUUGGAAGCUGCAUAUGAAUUGCUUGACGAAAUAGAAGGUGUUGGCUUAGAAUGUGAUGAAUAUACACACACAAUUUUGAUAGAUGGGUUGUGUAAAAUAGGUAACAUUGAGGGGGCACAGCGACAUAUUAAGCAUAUGAAUGUGAUGGGUUUCAGUUCGCCUUCAGUUGCUUUAAAUUGUGUGGUUGAUGGGUUGGGCAAAGCUGGUAAGAUUGAUCAUGCCUUGCAAAUGUUUGAAUCAAUGGAGACAAGGGACUCCUUUACCUACUCUUCCUUGGUCCACAAUCUUUGCAAUGCUAGAAGAUAUCGAUGUGCAUCCAAACUCUUGCUAUCUUGUUUAAACAAUGGCAUGAAAAUACUCCGAUCAGCUCAACGGGCUGUUAUAAAUGGUCUUGGUCAUUCUGGUUUUCAUAAAGAAGCAAGGCAACUUAAGUUGAAAAUUCGAUUGGCUCGUAUGGUGCACUGUUGAUGUCUCUAUGACCCAUUUGAUGCAAUCUGGAAGUUUUAACUGAUGGAAUUCAAUUCAUCUAGUGACCAUUUUUUUUGUAUUGAGACUUACAGACGGCAACGUGUAAAUGUGAGAUUUAUGCUAGUAGCUCUUGUUGUGUUUGGACAUGGAUUGGUGGUCCAGAAUCCAUGUUAAUGAAAAAUGACAACCAGUAUUUCAUUCAUACACAUUUAGGUUAUGUUUUCAAUGCUGGAUAUAGAUUUGGAUUUGGAUUUCCAUUGGUUGGAGAACUCUGCUUUCAGUGAGCCUCUGCAUGAAAUAUUCUCCCCAGAGUGAACUUAUUGCAGUUCCUAAUGUUGAUGAAUCACGGAUUACAACCCAAAUUUGUUUGAAUCUGGUCUGCAGCCUCCGUACCGGUGGAAUCCUUCCUCAUCAAUGAAGUUCAAGAUGUAAACUGGUGAUACAAGAAUUUGCCAAUCAAGAUGCAAGAAUACUGGUUCAUACAUGUUCUCUACUUGUCAACAUAUUGGUGAGACAGUUUUCUGAAUCAACAUUAAUUAAGGUAUGCAGAUAAGGUAAUGGGGAAACCACAGGGAAAGAGCAUAUGUCAGAUAGAUACACACCACUGUAAUAAUGUAUAAUAGUAAAUUAGUGAUAAUAAUCUUAGCUUACAAUUUGUAGUGACACUGUUGCCUGUUCUCCUGUCAAUCCUUUAAUGGCUAAAUACAUCUUUAUACUCUUGUGUUA